CCUGAAGGUUUGGCCAAUGUAAUUUUGCCAUUUCAAUGGAGAGCUAAUCAAUCGGUAUACAAAAUCAUGUCUGCUUCCACCUGCUCAUCUAACACCAUAGUUGAUCAACCAUCAACGUUCCUAAUCUGCGCCGGUAGCCUCACAUGCACCUUCUUCCGCCGGUGACUCUAUAUCCCUCAAUCUCUAUCUCUUCAAUGUUUAAGUUUUUCACUACGCUUUUCAUUCUCUGGAGUUUCGACUCUUCAUCAUUGUUAUCAUCCGCUUUGCCCAAUUCCCCGACGCUAGGAUCACGUUCGAUACUACGUGCUAUCAAACGAGGCGCUGAUCGACCUAGUUUGGUGGUUGAUUUGAACAUCACCAAUUUCGAUGCAGUUCUCAAGGAAACUCCUGCUGCUUACGCCAUUAUUGAAUUCUUCGCUCACUGGUGCCCAGCUUGCAGGAACUACAAGCCCCAAUAUGAAAAAGUUGCAAGGCUUUUCAAUGGAGCAAAUGCAAUUCAUCCUGGGAUUAUCUUGAUGACAAGACUAGACUGUGCCCAUAAGGAAAAUACUAAACUUUGUAGAGCAUUCUCUGUACACUAUUUCCCAGUGCUCUUAUGGGGCCCACCUGCUAAACUCAUUGCUGGUCGUUAUGAUGGUAAAAAAGUAAAAAGUGAAAUAAAAUUGGUUGAAGAUUGGGAAUCAUCUAAACUCCUUCUCAAUUGGAUCAAUACACAAUUAAAAAGUUCAUAUGAGUUGGAAGAUGAGAAAUUUGAACAUGAUGAGCUUCUUCAAUCAAAUGUCUCAGACUCCGGACAGGUAGCUCGUGCAAUAUAUGAUGUUGAAGAAUCCACAACCAUUGCCUUUGACAUUAUUUUGGAACACAAGAUACUCGUGCUACCUUUAUAA